AUGAAACGACAAGCCGAAGAAGCAUUCGAGGAUCCUCAGAGUCUGAAAAAGGCGAAAACGACAGAAGACGAGCCCAGCGAAGCAAAUGGCGCACAAAGCGAAUGGAUAAAAGUGGAGAAGAAGAAGAAGAAAAAGGCGAACAAGUUGGAGGCCAAAGCCGAUACUGCCCACCCCCGGUUCAUGUACUCAAACCAUGAAAUUGUGAAGAGGAAUCAUGCAAUUGCGAUUGAUGACGUCCGAGAUCUUAUCCUGCACCUCAUUGCAGAUGCACCACCUCCCAACUGGCUACGGAUCGAUAACGUCAAUCAGAUCCAGAGAGUGGUUGCCCUCCUCGUACCAGGACUUACCCCUGAGCUCCUCUCGCUGCCACCACUACCCACAUCCGCGACAUUGAACCCUAACCUGCCCAUUUCAAUACCCCUUCCGUCCCCCAGCACAGCCAGUAUACCCUUUAUCGCGACGACCUUCAGCCAUGCCUGCCCAACACGUGCCCCAGGCGAUCAGACGCGAAUGCACAGCGUACUCAGUACUUUCUUCACGGGUCCUGUCAGCGGGGAGGAAAAGAAGCGGCGGUUGACGCAGAGAGUUCAAUCAGAGAGCAACAAGUCAGAUCCUACACAGUACCUGUUGAAGCUGGAGCAAAUGAUAGAGAACGAGUACCCCAUUCCUUCGUACAUGGCGGACGUUUUCGAGAAGCCUCCAGGAUGGCUGGAGACGCCGAAACCUGCGGAGAACGAGAAUAAGUGGAAGCAGAAGAUCUACGCGCUUGAUUGUGAAAUGUGCAUAACAGAAGACGGCAAGGAGCUAACGCGAGUUUGCAUCAUUGACUAUGCAUCAGGGAUCGUGGUGUACGACCAACUCGUCAAGCCGAGCAAGCCUAUCCUUGACUACCUUACAAGAUGGUCAGGUAUCACCGCCGAGCAUCUAGCCAACGUUACGACGACCCUCACACAAGUCCAGGAGCAUGUCAUGCGCCUCCUCUCCCCACCCAAAUCCAACCCAUUCUCCACGACCAAAUCCACUGAGCCACCACCCGCCACGCCCAUCCUCCUCGGGCACUCUCUCGAAUCAGACCUCAAAGCCCUAAAGAUCUGCCAUCCGCGAUGCAUCGAUACUGCCCUGAUCUACCACCACCCACGCGGGCGGCCGCUCAAGCCCGGGCUCGCAUGGCUUACGAAGAAAUGGUGCGGGCGUGAGAUCCAGGCGCGCGGCGAGGGCGGGCACGAUCCAGAGGAGGACGCCCGGGCGUGUGUGGACCUAAUGAAGAAGAAAAUGGAGUUCGGGCCUGGCUUUGGCGAGUUCAAGGUUGACCACGAACCGAUCUUUGAGCGGAUGGGCCGGGCCAAUGUGAGGAAUGGGUUGGGAAAGGGAGGAGUGAGGAGUGCUGUGGUGGAUCAUGGGAACCCGGCGGUUAUGCAUGGGGCGAAGGCUACUACUGCGAUUGGGUGUAAGGGCGAUGAGGAGAUCUUGGAGGGGCUGUUGAAUGUGGUUCCGUCGCAUCAUUUUGCAUUUGGACGGUUUAUGGCGCUGGCAAAUGCGUUGGGAUGGGUUACACCCAAGGCUUCUUCCGACCAGCCAGCACCACCACCAACGACGACUGUCGAACCGCCUCCCUCACGUGAAGAGCUCGUGCCUAUCCUCUCCAACCUCAACCGACAUCUAACAACACUACACGCUGCGCUACCAACACGAACCGCAUUUGUCAUCUUCACAGGUCAUUCAGACCCUCGACGGAUGUCGCUCCUCAACGCGAAGAAGAACGCCUUCGAGAGCGCGCUGAAGAGCGGAAAAACUCCGGAGCAGGUUACGGCCUUGGGGUUGUCGUGGACGAUGAGCGACGCGCGGGACUUGGAGGAGGCGACAGAGCUUGCGAGGAGAGGACUGAUGUUCCUUGGGAUUAAGCAGUAG